GUCCCCGGUGCGCCGCGGGGGCUGUCGGGAAGAUGGCGGGCUCGGCGGCCGGGCGGCGCUGAGCGCGGGGCGCGGCGGGUCCCGGGCGGCCGCGAGCGCCAUGCUGCCCCGGCCGCUCGGAGCCCCCCGCGCCGGCCCGGCCCCGCCAUGCUGCGCCUGCCGCCGUGGCUCCGCGCCCUGAGCCGCCCCGGGGCGCGGGGCGCGGCGGGCGCUGAGGGCGGCGGGGCCGGGACCGGGAGCGGAACCGGGAUCAGGACCGGGAGCGGGGCCGGGAUGCUGCCCGGCUGCUCGUGCGGCGGCAGGGCCGGGCCCCGCGCCGUGCUGCUGCCGCUGGACGCCUACGGCCAUGGGCUGCUGCGAGCCGUGCCCAGCGACGGCUGCCGGGCGCGGGGCCCCGCUAAGAGGCGCGGCUGGAGCUUCGUGCAGGAGCGGAUGAGCUACGACACCUUCUUCACCAUGAAGCGCCUGAUCGAGCGCUCGCGCAGCGUGGGCGAGGUGCUGCGCUGGGUGACGCAGAACCCGGGCAAGGUGUCGGCCAGCCACUACCCCAUCGCCCUGCACAAGCUGGGGCAGCUCCUGCAGCAGCAGCAGCAGCAGCAGCAGGGCCCGGCCGCCCUCAGCGGGGACAGCCGCGGGCCCGGCGCCGUGCUGGAGCAGCCCGAGUUCCAGACCUUGUGCCAGGCCAUCAUCAGCGGCUGCCCCAAGUUCGACAACUUCAGCAUCGUCAACUGCCUCUACGCUGCCGCGGCCCUGGGCCUGCCCGGGGAGUCGCCGCUGGUGCGGGUGCUGGAGGAGGAGUCGCGCAGCCGCCUGGGCCGCUUCAACCAGAAGGACGUGUCCAUGGUGUUCAGCAGCGUGAUGAGGCUGCACCCGUCCAGCCCGCACCCCCUGGUGGAGUCGUGCCUCAGCAGCCUGGAGCGGCACCUGGAGAAGGAGCGGCACCCCCAGACCCUCUUCCUGCUGCUCUCCUACUACCGGCUGCGCGCGCAGGCGCUGCAGGGCCACCCGGCCUCGGACCAGCAGCUCAUCAACAACCGCAAGAUCCUGCGGCUCGUCAGGCACACGCUGGGGCAGGUCAGCGCCAUGCGCGAGCACGAGCUGGCCCUGCUGGACGAGAUGCUGGCCCUGUGCGCCCAGGAGGCCAACAACAAGGCCCUGGAGGCCAUCUUCAGCUCCCAGCUCUUCUACGAGAACCGCCAGGAGCGAUUCAUCCGCAGCAUGGCAGAGUGGCUUCCCCGCAAGGCGGAGAACCUGACGCCCUACACCAUGGCCCUGAUCGCCAAGUACGUGGCCCGGCACCGCCUGCGCGAGCCGCGGCUGCUCGAUACCAUCGCCAGCUUCCUGCUGAAGCGCGGGGAGCAGCUGGACAGCAAGGUGAUCCAGAAGCUGGUGUUUCCCUUCAGCCGCAUGAACUACCGGCCCUCCAACCACGGCGAGCUCUUCCCCAAGCUGGAGGCCAUCCUGGAGCAGAAGGCGGGCAGCUCGCCCCUGGCCACCGUCAACAUCCUGAUGUCCAUGUUCCAGCUCAGCCACUUCCCCCAGGCCGUCCUGCACCAGGUCUUCUCCCCGGCCUUCAUCACCAACGUUAUGAGCAGCCCCUACGCCCUCAUCGUGCGCCGCUACCUCUCGCUGCUGGACGCGGCCGUGGAGCUGGAGUUCCGCGACUACAGCGGCCCCCGCCUCGACCCGCGCUACCGCGUCCUGAUGUUCGAGCACGCGCUGACGGCCGACGAGGCCAACAGGAAGUACAGUUACAAGGGGCUGGUGGCCGAGGCGCUGCGGCAGCUGGUGGGAGAGGAGUGCUACCGGCAGGACGAGGUGCUGCCCCCCGGAUACUGCACAGACUUCCUGCUGUGGAUCAACCGCUCGGGCACGGUGCUGCCCCUCUCCCGCGUCCCCGCAGCUUCCAAGGCUCCUCCUGCCCCUGCCGCGGCCUCCCCCGCCACCGUCUCCCUGCGCUCCAGCGUGCUGGCCCUCACCUCGGACUUGCAGGACUUUGCCCCGUUCGCCCCGGAACGCCGGGCAGCCCCCCGGCCCCCCGGGAGAACAACCUGGCGGGGCGCUUCCUCUCCACGCUCUGCCCAGGCGCCGGGGGGGCCCUGCUACCAGCCCCCCGCGGACUAUUACUGCGGCCUGAGCAAAGAGUCCUCCCUGGAGAGCCAGGGCAGCUCCACCCUCAGCAGCCCCUCUGAGUGCCUCUCGGCGCCGCCCGCCAGUACCCCCGACUGCUCCCCCCGGGGCUCCGCCACCCUCUUCCAGUUCCCCAUCGGCAAGAUCCUGGAGGAGGAGGCGGGGGUCGCCUGCCCCCCCCGCGAGCACGGCUGCUUCCAGGGGGAUCAGGCACCGGAGGAGGUGGACUGGACGGAGCCCCCCGCCCGCCGAGGACGCCUGCCCCCCGCCCUCCCCGUGCCGGCCCAGCCCCAGCCGGGGGCCCGGCGAGGGGCCGCCGGCAGCCGAGGAGAUCCAGAGGCGGAUGCAGGUGCAGCCCCCUUGGGUGCAGCCCGCGGCGCUGCCCUCCUGUCGCUGUGUCCCUGCAGGGUGGUGCUGUCGGUCAAUGACAAGUGGCAUUACUGCCAGAACUCCGACAUCCUGGUGGGCUCACGCGCCAUGCGGGACAGGCACCUGCGGCUGCUGGGCUACUGUCUGGUGCAGCUGCCCUACACGGAGCUGGAGAAGGUGAGUGGCAUCGAGGAGGCCAAGCACUACCUGCGGCAGAAGCUGAGGGAGCUGCGCUUCUGAGGGGGGGGCUCGGCCCUCGCCGGGUGGGCGCUGGGGCGGGCGCAGAGCCCCUGCCAGGGGCUGGGGGGGGGGAGGAACGGAGCCGCCCCCUUCCCGUGGGGAGCGGGGCUCGGCCGCGGGCACCUGCUGCGCGCCGUGGGGCCGGGGUGGUGUGAGCUAUUUAUUGCCGUGAGCGUGGGGAUGGGGGCGCGACGGGGCCGCUGCGUGGCGGGGCCGGGGGCUGCGUGGCCCCUGACGGCCCCCCCUCGGCCCCGGGGUCGCUGGAGGGGUCUGGUGGUCCUAGGGGAUAGGGGGGGGGCCGGGGCCCCCGAAACACUGCUGGGGGGGGGGGGAGGCUCCGCCGGGCCCCCCCGUAGGGGCAGUGGCAGCCCCGCAGUGGGGCAGGAGGGGGUCGGGCAGGGCCGCGGCCACUUGCACAGGGGCUGCUCCCUGGGCGGGAGGAGGGGGGUGCUUGGGACUGCGGGGGUUAAAUUUACAAUAAAACUGGUGAAAAGUG